CUCUUCUUUUUGGUUUCCCGCAAAAAGCUUGGUCGGCGCUUAUGACCAGAGUAGUACCAAAGAGUACAGCGAUCUCCCUACAGAAGUGCACUAGCGGCAAGGUAUCUCCAUGUUCUCCUCAACUGCUCCUUUUCUGGUAUUUGAUGCGCCCAAAAUUCAAUUGUUCAGAUCAACAAACAUCAACAACGUCAAUCCGCAGACAGCAACAACAACAGCAGCCACAACAAUAACAAACAGCAACUCGGAUACAUUACUCUGUCUACGACUUCAUGAUUUGAUACCCAAUGUAGAACCCGCUGAAACGCAUCCACCUAGAACCAGUCUUCUCUGGAAUGGCGACAACGUUGAACGUGAUCUCUUCCUAGGCGCUCAUAUAAACCCCCCUCAAAUAACGACAACGCACACCACACCAUCCUCCGAAGCAUGACCGUUACCCAUAGGGAAUCAAGAUGGCCUGUUGGCGACUCGUCCAGAGAUUCCCUUGAGCUAGCCUCUCUCGCCUCCUCCUCUGGGACCCGUACUGGUGACGACGGACAAGACGGCUCCCGCUCCUCCUCACCCUCCGGCAUAUCCUCCUCCCGAAAAGCCUCCCUCGAGAACCAAGACCCCUUCUCCGACCACCUCUACGACACCUCACGCCCGAGACACGCACGAUCCUACUCCGUCUCCUCCGCCUUCGACUUUGGCAGUAACCUCUUCCCCCUCUCACAGACCGUGGGCGGCUAUGCCCCGCUCGGUGCGCCCUCAGUCCUCUCGCUAGACCGCCACAACGGCGUCAUCGACGGCUCGCUCGAAAGACACAAGACACUGACGUAUUUGAACGGUCUGUCGUUGAUUAUCGGAUUGGUGAUCGGAUCGGGCAUCUUCUCGUCUCCCGGCCGGGUCAAUUCGAACGCGGGUUCCCCUGGCGCCUCGCUGAUUGUCUGGGCUGUUGCGGGCCUUCUGGCCUGGACCGGCGGAGCGAGUUAUGCGGAACUAGGGGGCGCGAUACCUCUGAAUGGCGGUGCGCAGGUGUAUCUGGCUAAGAUAUUUGGGGAGCUGAUCGGAUUCUUGUUUACCUGGUCUGCAGUAUUUGUGCUGAAGCCGGGCUCCGCGGCCAUCAUCUCUAUUAUAUUUGGCGAGUACGUUGUGCGGGCGAUAGUCGGGGCGGAUGUCGAGGCGAUUAGCCCUUGGGUUAAUAAAGGAGUGGCCAUUCUGGGUCUCACUGUUGUAACAGGCCUAAACUGCAUAUCCACGCGCCUGGGUACGCGCAUUGGGGACAUGUUUAUGUUUUUCAAGUUUUUGGCCCUACUUGGGGUUACCAUCAUUGGAAUCGUUGUUGCGGCCACGGGACUGUCAUAUAAUGGCGAGCCGGAUCGGAAAUGGCGGACAACGAGCUGGUUUGAGGGAACCAGCACCGAUGUCUCAAGCUGGGCGGUAGCUCUAUAUGCGGGUUUGUGGGCGUUUGACGGUUGGGAUAACACAAAUUACGUUACGGGAGAAUUCAAAAACCCCAGCCGCGAUCUCCCCCGAGUAAUCCACACCGCAAUGCCCGCCGUCAUCCUAUGCUACAUGCUUGCAAAUAUCUCCUACUUCUUCGUUCUACCCUCUUCAACUAUAAACGCAACCAACACCGUCGCCGUCCAAUUCGGCGGGAAGGUCUUUGGACCCAUCGGCGCCCUCGUGCUCGCCCUCGUCGUCUCCGCCAGCUGCUUCGGCGCCCUAAACGCCACCGCCUUUACCUCCGGCAGACUCAUCUACGCCGCAGGGCGCGAGGGCUACCUACCCUCCAUCUUCGGAAAAAUUGGCAUAGCAGGCUCCGCCGCCAGUUCGGCUGGGUCACGUCUCCGCCACCGCUCCUGGUUCCACAAGGCCCUCAUCAGCCUCUUCGGCGAUGACAUCGGCAUCGGCUACACGCCCAUCUAUGCCAUGCUGUUCAACUUCACUCUGACGGCCAUCUACCUCUCCGUCGGCGAGUUUGGGACGCUGGUCACCUUCUACGGCGUGGCGGGGUACACGUUCUAUUUCCUGACGGUGCUGGGACUAAUUGUGCUGCGCAUCCGAGAGCCGUAUUUGGAACGGCCGUAUAAGACAUGGAUUACGACGCCGAUUGUGUUCUGUUGUGUUAGUUUGUUUUUGCUGAGUCGGGCGGUGUUUGCGGAGCCAUUGCAGACACUGCUUGUUCUUGGGUUUAACGUGGCAGGCGUUCCAGUAUAUUUUUGGCGGAUUCGGCGGAGGGAUGGGAAGAGCCUGUUUAAGGGGGAAGGGGGAUGGUGGAAGUUUUGGAAGAGAUGGGGACGGUCGUGAGGGUUAUCCUCGUUGUAUUAUUCCUCUUACUUAAUAUAUAUAUAGAUAUUAGGAGGUUUCUUUACCCAUUAUUAGUAACACAAUGGGAUGGGCAUUCUGUUAGAACAUUAGCUCUUUUCGGGAUAGACAUUUUUAAUACAUUUCGAUCGCGCAUUGUGGGCGAUUGCAAGAUGGUCAUGGGGUAAAACCAACACAAUUAUUAUAACACUGUUAAGUAACUUAAUAUACUUAAUUUUUAUUCUUCAAUUCUUCAAUUGGCAAGAUAAACCCUAUCGCUCAGUUCCGCGUAGUUUGGUUUAUUUGUCCACGC